AUGGUGUGCCAUAACGAAGAACUUUACUCGAAGGUGGAUAUGGUGUACCGACGGAUGACAAAUGGAAAAGGUCAACAUCUUGCUCGGCCUUCUGAAGGAGUCAUGGAAAACCAUUUCUGGUUCUAUGGUCACGUUAUGAUGAGACCGUCUAAUCGGCUUGUCCAAGUUGUCCAGAAGAUGCUUCCAGAUCCUAUUUGGAACAGGCCCCCUGGUCGUAAAAGAAAGUUUUGGACGGAGGUAGUGAAGGAAGAUCUAAGGACACUUGGCGUUGAAACGCAGUUUAGUCGAGCCGUAAGAUUCUGCCGCUUGUGGAAUAAGAAUAAAAAACACAUGGACAGUUUCUAUGCGAACUCUAGCUGA